AUGGUCAAACAGUACGACUUGGUCCUCGCCUUGCCACUACCUAUCCUGCGACAAGGCGAGGACCAAGUCGUACUGUAUAACCAUCGCCCAGCCUCAAGCGUGCGGACGCCAUGGGCGAAGAUAGCGACGAGCCUCCCCGGUCGAAGCGUCGACCAGGUCAAGACCCAGUGGCGGCGACUUACAUCUCCAUGGACGUCGGACGACAACAAGAAGCUCAUGCACUUGUGUACGUCGACGACGUCCCUGCAACCGUCGUGGCUGUGGAUUGCCUCGCACUUUCCCUCUCGCACCGACUUGCAAUGUCGACAGCAUUGGACGCACGUGUUGGAUCCCGCAUUGAAGAAGGGCAAAGGCACAUGGACGGACGAGGACGACCAGUUGCUCGGCAUCUCAUGUUGCGCCAUGCCACAGGAGCCAUGGACACUGGACGAAGACAGCAUCGUGUUGGCGGCGGUGCUGAUGGACGGCGGCAACGCGGCCCACCCCCCCCCGCGUCCACUUGCGACAUUCGAGGCACCCAUCUGCCGGACGCCGCCGCCGCCGCCGCUGGAGGAGGAUGUGAUGGAGGGGGUUUGGCGUAUCCCCCAUGUUUCAAGUAUGGUCAAUUCGAUUCGAAAUUGA